AUGGCCAAUGUGUUCGCAAUCACUCGAGAAGAUGUGAUCGCUCUCGGAAAACAUCCAGAAAUUCCUACACGCUUUCCCGACGGGAAUUGGGGUACGGGCUUCGGUGCUUAUGUGGCAUCUCUGGACGUGUUGCACAAAUUACACUGCCUCAACGGAGUGCGCAAGAUGACCUUUGCAGGUUGUGGCGAAAAGAAGUUCUUGAAGAAGACGCAUAGGACCCUCUGGUCGAUCCACUUGAGGCACUGUAUCGACGUGCUUGCGCAAGACAUAGUGUGUCAUGCGGAUGCCAACGUUCUCACGUACAUUUGGAUGGAUACGCAGGAACAUCUUUUUGUUGAUUACAGUAUCAGCCGAAACGGCAGGAACUUUGAUGAUACAUUGUCUUGGAAAGAAGAGCAUAAAGUGGACAUGGAUGAGUUUGUAAAAAUGGAGAAGUCAGUGGGCGUUAGGCAAGUGCCAGCUGAAGACGAGUACUAUGCGAUGUAUGGGUCAGAGGGUAGUGAUCUCUUUCCCGGGGGAGUCGGCUAUGUACCUACCAAAGCUGAAAUCUGA